GGUACUUUUCCUCCCAAAAUGCGUAAAAAUCCUGCUCUCAUCCGCCGUAAUUCAUAAGCCAUCACCUCCAACCGCAUCUCAACUCCUUCUGAGGACUCAUUACCGAGCCGGUAUUAAGAUUAGUCACGAGGUUUAACACAACCUGCGAGUCAGAGAUCAGGGAGCCGCAGACCGUCACUCCCCGCACCGCAUCCGAGUCCGCGCGGCAGGGGGUCGGCUCGCGCUCCUCACGAUGGUGACGCUGCUGCUGCUGCUGGGCUGGCGAAGCUGUUUGGUAGCCAGCCAGCUAGUCAAUGGAGCCCCGUGUGAAUGAGUACAUUUGCUGGUGUUUGUCACCCGCGUUGUGUAGCGGCUGACAAACACAAGAUGCGGUGGUAGUCGGUGUUCACGCGCAAUGAGCCGCAGAGCAGCAGCGGGGAGUCACGCUAACUAGCGGCGGUUAGCUCUCUAACGUUUAGCAUUUUGUCUUUUACCGAUACGCUCUUAAGUCGUCAUGUUAGCCCUGUCCUCCGGUGUGGGUGCUUUAGUUUGUUUCGGCUUUACUCCCCCCUUUUUCGGGGCCGAAAUAACCGACGGUUAGAUCCUCCACCAGCUCCACAACAUGACUCACACUCACACACACACACACAGUGGGCUAGCUGCCGUUAGCGGCUAACUUAGCUGGUGAUGCUAACAGCAGUGCCAGUCCACGCCGCGAGGUGCUGAAGCGAUGUGUGUCCGAUGGAGCUGAAGUGUUGCUCGGCUUGCCAAAGAUGACGGACCGCCUGAGCCGGGUUUUUGUGCCUCUGUUAGCAGGAGGCGGAACAUGGAAGCCGAGGAAGAGUGGAACAAAGACCUGAGUGCGCACAAACUGCUGGAUAAAAAGGUGCUCUGCAAGCACAAUGGAAGGAUCGGUAUAGUGAGAACUCUCCACAGCCUGUUGAAAACCCACAACACCCUGCAGAUUCAGUCCAUCACCCGCUCAGAAUGUGCUGGCUCCUGUCCAAAUCUAAUGAUGAGUAGGAGUGAUCACACCGAUGCGAGGCCCGUGCCCGUGGCCCUCACCCCCCAGCUCCCCCCCAGAGCUCACCGGCCCCUCUGCAUGUCGGUCUCCUCCGACAGCAGCGGACGCUUCAAAGCUCUGGAGACGCAGGAGUGGAAGAACAACCUCAAAGCUCAGAUGGAGCAGGCCCACAGUGCAGGAGCUGCCAGCAGCACAGGUUCUCUGGAGCGAGCGUCUCUGUUCUGCGCCUCAGCUUCCACCACAGCAUCCAGCUCCGGCCUGUCCAGCCCAGUGGAAAUCCUCAACAAGAGCAAAUCCUCCAGCCGCUUCUCUCUAUUCUCUCCACCGUGGAACAGCAGCUCUGAGUCGGACUCCAACCCUCCGUCCCGCUCAGGCUCCAAGAAGCUGCGUAACUACAGCAGGAGAGCUGCCACUGGGCCUGCCGGUGCCAGGGGCCCUGACACACCUGAGCCCAAACCAAGCGGUCCUGAACACUUCCAGUACUCUGAACCCGUCAUCUCCAAGGUGACGGACUACAUCUACGUCGGCAACCUGAAUGCAGCUUACAACGGGCGCACUUUGUGCCGCAACAACAUUGACAGCAUCAUUGAUAUGAGCAGCGUGCCCGGAGAACCAGGCCCCAGCCUCAACCUCAUACCAUGCACCUGCUCCCGUGGUGCCCGCCACAGCUGGUCCCGCCUCAAGGUGGACAUCGGAGACGUGCCUGACGCUCUGGGUGGCGGCCCGGCCCUGAAGCAGCGCUGCUUCGAGGACAUCAACGAGUGUAUCAACGCCUCCACUGAGAAGAGGAAGCGUGUCCUGGUGCAUUGUCGAGAUGGUUUCUCUCUGGCGCCGACGUGUAUCAUCCAGUACCUGAUGGUGAAACAGAACAUGAGGCUGAUAGCUGCCUAUGAGCUACUGAGGGCCAAGUACCCGGUCAACAUCAGGGAUUGCCAUCAAAAUGUCCUGGUGAGCCUGGAGAGGGCACUGAGGCCUGGAGGCAAUGUCGAUCCCGAGUGCUUCAAACAGGCUAUUUCACGUAAAGUGGCUUGGACCUGACUCUGAGUCCCAACAGGUUCAGCUGCUGCUAAUCCUCCACCCUCCAAUGGUAUUAGAUAUUGUCCUAAAGACGACCAAGGGCAGCUGUACUUUCCCCUGUAGACUGGUCAACUGGAUAUUAUUGUCCCCACUUGAGUUCAGUGCUUGUAAAAGUUAUGAAUUUGAUGUAUUUCCUCUUCAAACCUGUAAAUGUGACCUGGCUGUGAUGCCCCCGCCCUCUCACCCAACAGGAGACGCAAUAGACUUCACUGUAAUGUAUACAGCUUCUUGGUAUAACAUUGUAAUAGUGUUGGCUGUAUAGUUGAUAUAGUCCCGCUUCAGUUCUGUGCCAUGCCGUCGUGGUGGUGUUUUAUAUCAGGGGAAUUUCUUAAUGGGAGAUCUCAGGAGAUUAUUGAUGUCACUCCAGUACAGGGUGGGAAAUUACUCAUUAGAUUAGUCAGAGCCCCCGUUCACACCUGGCAGUAAAAUGCAUCUCUGUGAGCUGUGUGUGUAAAGCACAUAGGGUUAACUUGGAUUGUACUGCAGUUGUGAUUACUGCUGGUGAAAGUCACAUUUUUACUUACUUUAUAAGCAGAAAAUAUAGACUGGACAGUGUCAUCCUGAAUUUGUGACAUAUAAAAGAUGUGAUGCAUCAGUGGCAGGUAAGCGCUACUGAAGCACCCCUUUGUUCAAUCCACAUCAACUUCAACCUCCAUUAAUGUUAUCUCUGCUCUCAGAAGCCGUUUCCUGUCAGCAGUGAAGCUCCUGAGGGGCUGAGUGGACAAACUGAAGAACAGCAGAAAUGGGAGAAAUGACCCCUUGAAUGAAAUUGGAAAACUCCAAGAAAGCAGGUCUUGCUUGAUCAUUGUAGCCUGACCAAUACAGGAUUUUUUGAAGCAGAUAUUUGUUUUGCUGCCCCCAAGUGGUGAAAAAGUUACAGCAAGUUCAAGGAGGGAGAAUAAAGAAAACUGCCUGUCACUGAUUUGGUAUUUCUACUAUUGCCCAACCUGAAUAACUUGACACAACUUGAGAUUUGCAUUACCUUGCAUUACCUUACCCACACUGCAUAUGUUAGGAGAGCAUGAGAUGUAAACAAAACAGGGACCUCACUAGUAACUACAGCCUAACUCUCUAUGGAUUUAAUGCUGCUGAGCCUGAAUUCUGUUAAACAUUUUAAUGUUAAAGUAAAACAGAAACUGAAGAUGCAUUUUAAAAACCUCUCUGAUGUCAGGUGUGAACUGCAGUCCAAGUAACAGGCCACCAUUUGUUUUCCUUCCAAAAAAAAUCUAUUUUGAUGGUAGAAUGGUCGUUUGGAUGUACAAGCCGUCGUAGUCGGUGGGUUUAUAUAUAUAUAUGAAAAAAAGAGGUGGUUUCCCACCCCGUUUAAAAACUCUUAAAGCUGCAACUCUGCUGCUGACACUCUGAAGUCUGGACGUACUGUACAUGUGAUAUGUGACAACUGGAUCUAUCACCACUGACUGGAUUACUUCACUGAUUAAUCUGCUUCUAUCGCAAGAGGAUAUUCUAUUUGCACAUGGACACGUUUUAAAUCUGACCUGCUUCUUUUCUUUGUGACUUUUUUUCCCGCUGUUUAUUUUUUGAACUGUGUUUUUGUUUAGUUUUUUUCUGAGAUCAUACUUGAUGGAAAAUGGAUGGUCCAACCUGUCCUCUGUGAGGAAGACUGUAGCUCCAUUUCCAGCCACAGUUAUUUGGUUAAAUCUCCUCUGGUGGUGCUCAGACUGUGGCUUUGUAAAUUUGAACUUCAGUGUAUGCUGGGUGACGUGCAUCUCUGUGGAUUAUCAGUAUUAGGGUAUCGGUGCCACUGAACUGCAAUCCAGGUUUUACACUGCAAGAGAUGAUUUGGCAGUACUCACAGGGUUGUCUAAAUGUCUUUUGAUUUAUUAUUGUUUGAAUUGUUGUUGCUUUGGGAGCUGAUGACAUUUCACACCUUUGAGGGAGAAAUGCCGAUGUUUACAUGCUCGUUAGAAUAACCAGAUUAAGGUAAUGAUUCAUUUAUUGUUUACAUGGUUCACACUUUGAUUUAAUAAUAACCUGUGUUUACA